AUGUAUGUGAAAUGCUUUGAUACAGUAAUGUUUUACUAUGUUAAUUUUCAAUGACAGCAAAAAUGACAUUUUUUAAAAAUUUCAAAUUUCCCGCCGGUUUCGGUGCCCGUACGUCCCGACGUCACAGGGACUGGAACACGGAAGCCGGAUGCCGGCAUCGGCCGGAGGAGAUGGCCGGGGACGCUGCAGGGGACACAUCGCGGGAGCGAAGGACAAGGUAAGUGCUGCAGGGACUCCCUAUGCAGCGCCGCAUGGUAAGCCCGAGUGUAGCUCAGGGUUACCGCUCUUGGUAUUGAAACUUUACCCCGAGCUACACUCGGGAAUACCGCUAAGGAGGUUAAACUCAAUUUAGAAUUAAAA